AUGAAACAGAAAGGAGUGGUGAGUGUGUCUCAAUCUCCAUCAGAAGCGUUGGAUCAUGCCACUGAACCCGGGACCCACCAGAUGAUGACGUGUCCGUACCAAGAAGGACUCUUCAUGGCUACAAAGCGCGUGUACCAAGUUUGGAAAGGAAGUAAUGUAAAGUUCACUUCUUUUCCUCUUCUUCGUUGCAAUUUUAGCUUCACAUGCCUUCUGGGUAUGUUCUGGGUUUGUGGCUCUUUGGUUUGCUUGAUGCUGAAGGUUUUGAAUUUCUUCUGGGGUAGUUUUGGUUGCUGGAAUGUGGAAAUUAUUGAACGAGUAGGAUAUGAUGCAGGUUGGGUUAUUGAUUGGGUUAAAUUGGAAUGUGGGAUGGACCACUUGAGCAGGACAGACAGAUGUCUACUACUGCAUGAGGAUUUUUCCAUGGACAAGGAUAGGAUUAUGCCUGUGACGGUUUUGCCAUAUUGGGUUCUUUCCGCUUUAGAUAGGAUAGGAGGAUUCAUUAUUCUCCUUUCUAAUGUACGCUAUUGUUCUCUUGAAAUGAUAAAUUCUUAUGUGGAGGGAGCAAGGCAUCUUCGGCAUGAAUUUUCUUCAUACAAUUCUGGAUAUGCUAUUUUAGCAGUGGCUAUUCUCUUUACUAUUCAUGUUCUGGUGGUUCUCUUUCUUACUUCCUCUGGUGAUCCGGGCAUCGUUCCAAGGAAUCCUCAUCCACCAGAGGAAGAGUUUCGUUACGAUUCUUCAAUUUCUGCUGAUAUUGGGGGAACUGGACGGCAAACACCAAGCCUCCAGUUCCCUCGAACAAAAGAAGUUAUAGUCAAUGGCCUUGCUGUGAGGGUGAAAUAUUGUGAGACGUGUAUGCUGUAUCGUCCUCCUCGUUGUUCACACUGCUCCAUUUGCAACAACUGUGUUGAGCGUUUUGAUCACCAUUGCCCCUGGGUGGGCCAGUGCAUUGGUCUGAGGAACUAUCGUUACUUCUUUAUGUUUGUUUCUUCAGCAACCAUUCUGUGCAUCUAUGUGUUUUCCCUCUCAGCUCUUUAUAUCAAGGUUCUGAUGGAUAAUUAUGACGGCACAGUUUGGAAGGCAAUGAAAGAAUCUCCUGCAUCUGUGAUACUAAUGGUUUAUUGCUUCAUUUCACUGUGGUUUGUUGGUGGACUUACUGGUUUUCAUUUAUACCUUAUAGGCACAAAUCAGACUACCUAUGAAAACUUCCGGUACAGAGCUGACGGCAGGAUCAAUGUUUUUAACCGGGGUUGUUUGACUAAUUUUGUGGAAGUGUUUUGCACAAAAGUAAAGCCCUCAAGGAACAAUUUCAGGGCAUUUACUAGAGAGGAGGUGCCAAGGCCACUGGCUCCGAUCACUAGGCGGGCUCGUGACCCAGAUGAUGACUUGGAUGGAGAUCGCCGUCCUAAGGUUGAAGAUGAUCUUGACAUUGGGGAAGACCUAUUGAAAAUAUCACAGCGCAGGAACAUUGAAGAACUUGAUGAGGACAUUCGUGACAGAGGGAGCAAUGGACCACCCCACCAUACAUCUGAACCUGACUCAAUUUUGUCCUCCGAUCAUCGAGCUCCCACGAUUCGAUCGGAUGCUAGGCACUCGAGUUGGGAUAGGAGUGGAAACUGGGAAAUUGCCCAAGAGGUUCUUGCCAAUUCAAAUGUCACAGAAAGCAGAAACUAUUUGACUUCAAAGGAAAUGCGCCAAUGA